CUUCUUAAUCACCUCGAUAAUCACGUCACAAAAUUGACAAAAUCCAAAACAAGUUGCUUACCAAAUCACAACAAGUGUUAAAAUUUGUUCUUCAUAAAAACAGAGCAUUAGAACUACAAUAGAUAUGAAAACAAGAAAAUGAUACAAUCAAAUCAAAUGGAUCCCAAAAUCUGGAGUCGAUUACCAGAAGAUGUAUUAGAGCAUUUGCUUUCAUUUCUUCCAUUAAAAACUUUCUUGAAACUCAGAUCAACUUGUAAGCAUUUCAAAACUCUUCUUUUUUCACCCCCUUUCAUUUCUAAACACUCCCCUUCUUCUUCUUCUUCUUCUUCACCUUUUUCUUCAUUUUUCUUACUUUCACAUCCACAGUUUCCUAGACAAUACCCUUUAUUCGAUACCGUUCAUAACAACUGGCGGAAUUUAUCUCUGUGUAUUUCCCCUGUUUUGCCAUCUUCUUCCUCUGUUCUUUUAUCUUCUUCUAAUGGGUUGCUUUGUUUUACUCGCCCAAGUUCUACUUCUUUCAUUAUAACUAAUGUUUUAGCUAGAUCUUCUAGGGUUUUAGAAUACCCAAAUUUGCCUUUUUCUUUUGAGUCUGUUACUUUGAUUUCUUCAGCUAAUAAUGGGUAUAAGCUGUUUGUGAUGUCUGCUUUUGGAUCUUCGAGUAAAGUUUUUGUUUAUGAUUCUUUGGUUCAUUCCUGGAGUCAAUUUGGUGGAUUUGAUCUGAUUUUAAAUGAGAAUCAUCAUCAAGAAGGGGUUUUUCAUGAUGGGUAUUUGUGGUUUAUUACACCAGAGCCUUAUUUUAUAGUUUCUAUUGAUCUUGAUAAUGGGGUUUGGAAAAGAUCAAAUUUUGAGCUCCCUAGUGAGGUUACUUUUGCUAGAUUGGUGAGUGAUGGGGAUAAAAAAUUGUUCUUGAUUAGUGGAAAUGGGAGUAAUGGGAUUUCAAGAAGCAUGAAGUUGUGGGAAUUGAAUGGGGAUUCUAAGAUUUGGGUGGAAGUUGAGAAUGUGCCUGAAUUGAUUUGUAGGAAGUUUUUAUCUGUUUGUUAUCAUAACUAUGAACAUGUUUAUUGUUUUUGGCAUAAAGGGUUGAUUUGUGUUUGUUGUUAUUCUUGGCCUGAGAUUUUGUACUAUAAGGUUUCUAGAAGAACUUGGCAUUGGCUUCCUAAAUGCCCUUCAUUGCCUGAUAAAUGGAGUUGUGGAUUCAGAUGGUUUUCCUUUGUUCCUGAGUUAUAUGCAUUUGUGUAAUAGUAACAUCUGCUGCAGUGGUGGGACUGCUCCACCCUUAGUCAGUGUUCUCGCGUAACUCUCGCGUUUAAGCACUGGAUAUGGAGAAAAUCUUGUUGGGAGCGAAUCCGUGAAUGGGCCUGCCCGAAGUGUAUGAUUUGGAUUUAGUCAGGCCUUUAAUGUGGGCGGGGAGAAGAAAAACAUCAACCGGUACUUGAAGGUGAAAUCCUCUACUUCUGGAAGUGUUUGGUGUUUGUUUCUUGACUCUCUUUAUAUUUGUUUUGUUUUGGUGUAUAUAAAGUAGUAUUAUCUGUGGUUUAUUUGUUACAGUUAGCAGUGAUCUAUCGUUAUAUCUUCAUCAAAAGCGAUCCAUCAUUAUAUGAAAAUAAACCUUGUAGAAGCAUUGUUUGGUUGAAAGAAUUUGAGUGUUGUUGAACUUUUGGUGUACUUUGAAAGCAGUUGAAAUGUAUUGAUGUCUCCAUUGUUGUGCAAAAAAAACUUGUUAUGGAGUGCUACUUGCGCGAUACUUAAUUAGGGUAUCUGUCCAAUUUUGAUUACAUUUUGUGGUCCUUGGAUCUUCAUGAAAGGUUCUUUAGAGAAACCUCAGAGCUCAAAUCCUAGAACUAUAUAGGUUGAAAGCUGACACUUGAGUUGAGGGUCCGUCUAUCAGAAACAGUCUUUCUAUCUCAACGAGAUAGUAGUAUGGUCUGCGUACACUCUAUUCUCCUUAGAUCCUACAUGGAGAUUCCACCGGGUAUGUUGUUGUUAUUGAAAAUAUCAGAUAAUGUCAUUGGAGAUUUGAGUUUUCUUCAUAUUGGUGUAGGGAUCUAGACUGUUAGAAGAUAUAAACCAGAUGUAUGAUCUGAGUGAAAUGCAGAUCUGUCCAUACUCAUGCUUAACUUAUAAUUGUAGUAUCGGAAGCUUCUGAAUGACGGUUUGUAAUCUCACAGAGUGGGGUCUUGGUAGGAUAGAGUGUGAACAGAACUUCCCCCUACGUUGUGUAGGUAGAGAAGUUGUUUCCAAAUAGAUCGUUCGCUCACGGAUCACAAAGUAAGCUAGUGGCAUCUGUUCCUACAAAUGAAAAUUAAACUGCAAAAUUUUUAAAUUCAUUCCACAUAACUUUUUUAUUCUUUCAAUUAAUUUGGAGUUGUUAAAUUAUACUACGUUGUUGCAUCUCGAAAUGGACAAGUCAAAAUUGUUUGUACUGGAUCA